CUGUUUUAGAUUUGAAUAUAAAUGGCAUUUGUAGGCUUCUUGUUUUCUCACACAAUUAGCACUCACAAUAUGGAUGCAUUUUCCCCAUUUUCCCUUCUUUCGCUUCUCUUAUUGUUUUCAUGUCUUAGCCUCUCUGCUGCACACAACAUAACUCAAAUCAAAAGUGAUGAAUAUAUACUUCUUGCCUUAAAAUCCCACAUCACUUCAGAUCCUCACAAUAUUUUGAAAAAUAAUUGGAGCAGUGGAACCUCGUUUUGCACGUGGAUAGGAGUUACUUGUGAUUCGCGUCGUAGCAGGAUGACUGAAUUAGAUAUCUCCGCUAUGGGACUCGAAGGAAGCAUUCCACAGGAAAUUGGAAAUCUUUCUUCACUCGCUUAUCUUGAUAUGAGUGGAAACUCUUUUCAUGGUCGGCUACCAAAGGACAUUUGCAUGCACAAUAACCUUCAAAGACUCAAACGACUUAACCUAUCGAGGAACAAAAUGGAAGGAGAUAUACCAUCGAGUUUGUACCAAUGUCCACAACUUGAGAGUAUUCGCUUGUCAGACAACAACUUCGGUGGACUUGUGCCUGCACAAAUUUGGAAUAUGACACUGCUUAAGGAAUUAGACCUUAGUUCCAACAAUUUGAGAGGCCGCCUACCAAAAGACAUUUGCUCGCAUAACAACCUUCAAAGACUCAAACUACUUAGCCUGUGGGCGAACAAAUUGGAGGGAGAUAUACCAUUGAGUUUGGGUCAAUGUACACAACUUGAGAUGAUUUACUUGUUAGACAACAACUUUGGUGGAAAUGUCCCUAGAGAAAUUGGGAACAUCACACAGCUUAAGGAAUUAUACCUUAAUGAGAACAAUUUGAAAGGCUGCUUACCAAAAGACAUUUGCUCGCAUAACAACCUUCAAAGACUCAAACUACUUAGCCUGGGGUCGAACAAAUUGGAGGGAGAUAUACCAUUGAGUUUGGGUCAAUGUACACAACUUGAGAGUGUUGACUUGUCAUGGAACAACUUUGGUGGAAAUGUCCCUCGAGAAAUUGGGAACAUCACACAGCUUAAGGAAUUAGACCUUCGCUAUAACAAUUUGAAAGUUCAAUAA